UUCGCAUCUCUAGGUGCUGCGGUUGCUAGCAACAUAUAGUCAUUCCAGCAUGCGGUGCGCUUGCGACAACACCUCCUCGGCGAUAUUGUGACGGCUUUCGGUCUGUGAUGUGUUGUGUUGUGGAUUGUGAUGGUUUUUGAUAUUCAAAAUUAGCAACGGCCCAAUUUCUAGUCAACGUACUUCUUUAAACAUGUUGGUACAUUCCACCUAAGUCAAAUAUAAAUUGGGAUAGCGGUCCAGUGUGCUGAAGAAAUUUUAUAAAGGUUUCGAAGAGAUAAAAAGAGAAGGAGACAUGGAAACAAAAAAUGAUUCACGAAGCGACGACAUCGAACUUAGCGCGCAAGGCAGCGGUAACAAACCGAGCGAUGUCGCAGUCAAAUCAAAUUUACCCGAAAGAGGCUCCUGGGCCAGCAAACUCGACUUCAUCCUCUCUGUCAUCGGCUUGGCGAUCGGUCUUGGCAAUGUCUGGCGUUUUCCUUACCUCUGCUACAAGAACGGUGGUGGUGCCUUCCUCAUCCCUUACUUCUUGACUCUCUUCCUCGCUGGUAUUCCGAUGUUCUUCAUGGAACUCGCUAUGGGACAGAUGUUGACUAUCGGAGGACUUGGUGUGUUCAAGAUCGCCCCUAUUUUCAAAGGUAUCGGUUAUGCUGCAGCUGUCAUGUCCUGCUGGAUGAACGUGUACUACAUAGUUAUCCUUGCUUGGGCCAUCUUCUAUUUCUUCAUGUCCAUGAGAUCAGAUGUCCCCUGGAGGAACUGCGACAACUAUUGGAACACAGCCACUUGCGUCAACCCCUACGAUAGGAAGAACCUUACAUGCUGGUCCUCGCUGGGCGAUAUGAGCACCUUCUGCACCCUGAACGGAAGGAAUGUUAGCAAAGCUGUCCUCUCCGACCCCGUUAAGGAAUUCUGGGAACGCCGCGCUCUCCAAAUCUCUUCUGGAAUUGAACACAUCGGCAACAUCCGCUGGGAGCUGGCGGGGACUCUGCUUCUCGUCUGGGUUCUGUGCUACUUCUGCAUCUGGAAGGGUGUCAGGUGGACCGGCAAGGUCGUUUACUUCACCGCCUUGUUCCCAUACUUCUUGCUCACUGUUCUGCUGAUCAGAGGAAUUACCCUCCCUGGAGCGAUGGAAGGCAUUAAGUUCUACGUAAUGCCCAACAUGUCGAAACUUCUGGAGUCUGAAGUGUGGAUCGACGCUGUCACUCAGAUCUUCUUCUCUUAUGGCCUUGGUUUGGGCACACUCGUCGCUUUGGGAAGCUAUAACAAGUUCACCAAUAACGUUUACAAGGAUGCUUUGAUAGUCUGCUCGGUGAACUCCAGUACUUCUAUGUUCGCUGGUUUCGUGAUCUUCUCCGUGGUCGGGUUCAUGGCGCAUGAGCAGCAACGACCAGUUGCUGAGGUUGCCGCAUCAGGUCCUGGCUUAGCCUUCCUCGCGUACCCAUCAGCAGUUCUCCAACUACCCGGCGCUCCACUUUGGUCUUGUCUCUUCUUCUUCAUGCUGCUGCUCAUCGGGUUGGACAGCCAGUUCUGCACCAUGGAAGGAUUCAUCACCGCCGUCAUUGACGAGUGGCCCAAACUCCUCAGAAGGAGGAAGGAAAUCUUCAUCGCCAUUACUUGCAUCAUCUCGUACCUGGUCGGACUGUCUUGUAUAUCUGAGGGUGGUAUGUACGUGUUCCAAAUCCUGGACUCCUACGCCGUGUCUGGCUUCUGUCUGCUGUUCCUGAUCUUCUUCGAGUGCGUGUCCAUCUCGUGGGCGUUCGGCGUGAACCGCUUCUACGACGGUAUCAAGGAGAUGAUCGGCUACUACCCCACCAUUUGGUGGAAGUUCUGCUGGGUCGGCUUCACGCCUGCUAUUUGUAUUAGCGUCUUUAUCUUCAACUUGGUGCAGUGGACUCCUAUCAAGUACAUGAACUACGAAUAUCCCUGGUGGUCCCACGCUUUUGGCUGGUUCACCGCGCUGUCGUCCAUGCUGUGCAUUCCAGGAUACAUGAUCUACUUGUGGAGAGUCACGCCUGGCACUUGGCAAGAGAAAUUCCACAAAAUCGUCCGUAUUCCGGAAGACGUCCCGUCUCUUCGAACCAAGAUGCAGGCCGAAGAACAGGCGAAACACGCACAGGCGUAGACGCAGCCAACAACAAUGCAGGUCCAAUAACCUACAAGAUAUUUAUAACAGUAAGACAGAUUUUUAAAGCCAAUAGAACAUAUAUAGGUAAUAAAUUAACUAACAAUUGUCAUGUUCUCUCUGUCAUUAAGCCGCCAUAUGACAGAUAGAGCGUGAUAUACAAAAGACGUUGGACUUGCAAAGUUAACACAGCGACUUACUUAACAUCAGGAUCUCAGGGAGUUGAGAAUUCAUUUGGAAUGGGAUUCAGAUGUGAUUAUGGUUUUGUUUCAUUUGCAAAAUUAAUUUUAAAAGUUGUUAACCACAGACAAGCUUUAAAACUUUUUAAUAAUCAAUAUGCAUCAGUUUACUCUCAAUUGUCAUCGAUAUUUAUGAAACCAUGGAACACAAUUAUAAGGACGUCAGUAACGGAGUUUGAUAUUCUAAAUAUUUACGCACAAUUAGCUAUCAUAUGUGCCAAUAUCGCAGUAUUUAUAAUAUAUUAACCUCAUGAUAUUUAGAUCCCCGACUAUAUAAAAUCGGGCAAAAGUAGUUUAUACAAUAUUACGGGACAAAUAUUUGUGGAGCGUAUUUUCUAUUCCCAAAUAUCUUUCCUGGUCCAUAGUAGGACAUAUUCGUCUACGCUAGUCUAGAUCUAUGUAUGUGAUUUUUAGAAAAUAAUAAUAUUUAGGCCUAAGAUAAUUUGAUGACUUUCCGUUUGAACAGUGUGUGCGUUGCGACGCGUUUACGUAUGUUUACAUUUUACAAUUAUUUAUAAGGUUUAGAUUUUAAGUGAAAAUAUAUUUUAAUUAUUAUCUGUCUUCCAUUUAAAUUAGUGUUAAGGUUUUUGAAUUGUGGCUAAAA